AAGUCGUAAUUUGUGAUUAUUGGUUGUUGCAGGUGAUCCUGGAGUUUCGGUAAGGGAGGAGCCUGGCCAUGCGCCUAGGCCUGGCUUCUCUGCUGGUCGCGCUGUUGAGUAUCCUCGGUAUCUCAUCUACUGUCAUUGCCGUCACUUCACACACGACAGAGGAUGACGUUACUACUACUGCUACGACAAGCUUCCGCCGUGAACCUCAACCAACUGGCCUUCACACUUCACCGCUCAACAGCCAUCCCCACUCAACGACCAGUUUUUAUAAUUGGGGAAAUUUUCGCUCUAAUCACUUACCGCAAGUUGAAAAUAAGGAAAAUAUUUCCGUUUCGGACAGUUACAAAGAUGUGUACCAUAACAUGAUAGGAGCUGAUUACCAUGGGAAUUAUUAUAAAGAUGUGAGAAACCUCAAGACUGAGCUAAUCGAGUCUUCAUUUAAGAAAAAAAAAUUGACUGUGGGAUAUUUAGCAGCGGUAAAGGGUGAAUUUGCGGACAGACAAGGAUUGUUGAUUUCUGGAGCCAUUAAAAUGGCGUUAGACGAGGUCAACAAUGAUCCGAAUAUUCUUCCAAAUGUGACGCUCGAACUAAGAUGGAACGAUACCAGAGGCGAAACUGUUAUAGCGACGAAAGCAAUGACUGAAAUGAUUUGCGAUGGUGUUUCGGCUUUUUUUGGACCCGAAGGAACUUGCCAUGUGGAAUCUAUCGUAUCUCAGGCUCGGAAUAUUCCGAUGAUUAGUUAUAAAUGUUCAGACUAUCAAGCAUCCAAAGUACCAACUUUUGCCAGAACGGAACCUCCUGAUACACAGGUCACCAAAUCUGUCAUCAGCCUUUUAACUUAUUACAAAUGGAGCAAAUUUUCCAUAAUAUACGACUAUGCAUAUGCUACUGUAGCCAGAUCACUGAAAGAAGAAGCAAAAUCAAUGAAUCUAACUAUAAACUUUAUCAAAGAAGCCAUGGACAGCCAUAGGUGCUGUCAAGAUAAUUUACUUUGUUGCAGAAUUGGUGAUUGGUACGACAUCAUUCAGAACACAAAGAACAGGACAAGAAUUUAUGUGUUUUUUGGAACUACAUUCUCUCUAGUGGAAUUGAUGGACUUUAUGCAAAAUGGAAAAUUAUUUGACAAAGGAGAAUACAUAGUUAUAUAUGUUGACAAAAAUACUUAUUCAGAGAAACAAUCAUAUCAAUACCUUUGGGAUUUCGAGACGUUUGGAAAAAACAAAAGAUGUCAAGACCUUUCUGAUUUUGAAGGAUUUAAAAAGAGAGCUAAAUCUUUGUUCAUAAUAGCACCUACUGCCCCUACACAAAAUUAUCAAGAAUUUGGGCAAAAAGUUCAAACAUACAAUACUAAGGAACCUUUUAAUUUUCUAGUGUCAGAUUUUUUUCCAGAUGAUUUGAAAACUUAUGUGCCUAUCCAUGCAGCUUAUCUUUUUGACUCUGUGAAAUUGUAUGCGUCCGCCCUACACCAUUUAUUGAUGCAAGAAAAAAUAUUGAACGAUGAAAUAAUUGAUGAGAUCGCUAAAAAUGGAACAAAAAUUAUAGAAACCAUUAUCAAAAUCAAUGAGACAUAUAGAAGUAUAACUGGUGCAAUGAUGAAACUCAACAAGAAUGGAGAUUCAGAAGGAAAUUAUUCAGUUAUUGCUUACAGUGAAAUUGAGAACACGAUCGUCUUCAAUAAGUUUACUUGUUCUUAUCACAUGAGACCAGUAGGCCAAUUUUAUCAGACUGAUAAACCAUUUCCGGAGUAUGAUCUCAAUUCUAAUAAUAAAAUCCAAUGGCCUGGGGGUAGUAGACCUAAUGAUGAACCAAACUGCGGUUUCGACAAUGAACUUUGUCCUAAACCAAACACUCAACUGAACAGUAUAAUUGCUGCAGGAAUAUUAGCAAUUAUGCUUUUUUGUGCAAGUGUUAUAACAAUGAGUAUAUACAGAAAAUGGAAAAUAGAGCAAGAGAUCGAAGGCCUUUUGUGGAAGAUAGACCGGGAGGAAAUACACAGUUAUUUUGAUAGAGAUAUCAUUUCUAGUCCAAGUCGGCUCAGUUUAGCAAGUGCUAGCGUAACAUCAUACGAAUCUCGCGGAGGGAUCCAAGUAUUUGCAACAACAGCCCAGUAUAGAGGUGUGGUAGUAAGAAUAAAAGAUUUAUCAUUUUCUAGAAAAAAAGAUAUUUCUCGGGACGUUAUGAAGGAAAUGCGAUUAUUGAGAGAGUUGCGUCAUGAUAAUGUUAACUCUUUUAUUGGAGCUUGUGUAGAGCCGACCUCGUUGUUAUUAGUCACUGAUUAUUGUGCCAAAGGAAGCUUAUAUGAUAUUAUAGAAAAUGAAGAUAUUAAAUUAGAUAAAAUGUUUGUCGCAUCACUAGUUCAUGAUCUCAUAAAGGGAAUGUUGUAUCUACACAACUCUAUUCUGGGAUGCCACGGUAACCUAAAAUCAUCAAACUGUGUGGUAACGAGCAGAUGGGUUCUGCAAGUAACAGAUUUUGGUUUGGCGGAAAUUCGGCAUUGUGCUGAAAAUGACAGUAUAGGUGAACAUCAGUAUUACAGAAAUUUAUUUUGGAAAGCACCAGAAAUAUUGAGAAAUCCCGGUGACUAUAUUAAAGGAACUCAGAAAGGAGAUGUAUAUAGUUUUGCUAUCAUACUGUUUGAAAUACUUGGAAGAAGAGGGCCCUUUGGCUUCGCCGGAUACGAGCCGAAAGAGUGGCAAAGUGGAAAAUGAUAAUAUUGGGUUGGUAGUCAACAAAAUUACAUUACAAUCAACACAUAGUGGCAGUUACCUAGCUAUUGCGAUGCGCCGGCGGCAAAUCCUUGUAUAGCCAUUAGUCUAUUGUGCAAAUCAUGUGAAUGGAAA